CUCACAACGAAUAAUGCGACUCAUCCACCCAAUCUUGUAUAUUCGAAUGUAUUGCUCUACCGGGGCCUAUGGAAUCCUCGAAGCCAUGGCUGGCCGAUUUCAUCAAGUCCAGUCUUGAUGCGUGGUUUGGCGAAGUCGAAGGAUGCCACUCAGUCGAGUAUCGAUUCCAGAAAAUUGACGAUAAACUGAAAGCAAGUUACGGUGCGCCAUGUCAAAAGACUGUGGUUCUCCUGAAGCCGCCCAAACUUGGUACAACAGAACCACGGGGGGAGAUAUCAGACGGAAUACACAAAAUAGAGGCCAUCUUCACCAAGGGCACCGCAGCUGAAAUAACAGUUUCAGGUGCCCAGCAUGGAGCACUCUUACACCUCGUCGAUCCCGUCCUCCGAGUCACUCCCCAUGUCAACCCACCGAAACCAUUGCUAGAGAUUGCAGCCUUCAAGAUUUUGGAUGAGACAGACCGGGUGGAACAAAGCUUUUCUUCAGGCUGUGCUGUCACUGAGGAUCAAGAUGUACGCGAAAGGAUGUCCAAAUAUUGGGUCGUGAAAAGGCGCAACCGUGGUCUCUCAACACCGGCAUCCUGCGGCAGUCCCGACUCUUUCAAGUCGCAGGUUGAUAUCAAUACACGGGCAAUCGAGGGGUUUGCAACCUCUGAUGGCGAUGCUGAGGAUAAUGAGCAAAAUGUCUCUCAGCAACCAUUCUGUACCCAAGUUCCAAAUUGCCUCAGUAGUUGGAGCCUGACCAUCCCGUCCGAGUCGACCUCUCGAAAAGCAAAAGACUCGGCCAUCCCUAGCAACGAGGAUCAUUUUCUGCCGUCGCCCGAUAAUAUCCAAGGACUAAGCGGCUCUGCAGACUGUUUCCGUUCAAAGCAGACACAGCAGCCUGCACCAAAAGCAGACUCUGGCACACCUACAGCGGAAAGCACUACGCCCCGUAACGAAUCGCUAUUGCUUCCAUCCACGACAAGUGGCCAGGGAUUGAGACCUGCGCCUAGGCCUCCCUCGCGCUCGGCAAACGCUAACCCAUCGCGACUUCAGGUUACUCCUGUCAUCACAACAGACAAUGACAAAAGCAGUCCCGUGGAAGUGUCUGAGCUUGGAGGCAACAUUCAAGAAUCUCCUAAAAAGUCAGCGGACCACAACCAGGAAGAGCCACCCAGUCCAUCCACAAAACUCAGUCCCGGAAACCGAGUUGUUGUCCCGCCAUCGGCUGAAGAGCCUCAUAAACCCUUUCAACGUUGGCGAAAGGAGGCGUCAGCAUGCAGAUAUCUUCCCAGACACAGUCAAAAGAUACCGCGACAACAAGCAAAAUUGUUGGCUUCGCUUUUGGACUCCGGAGACAGUUGGCAGCCACCUCUUGUUGGUCGCACACAGAGGCCAGGAGAAGUGCCUCUACCCCUCCUCGUACAACUCUCGGACGCUGCAGAUAAACACGCGAGCGAUCCCGCACUGCGCUCGAAGAAUGUAGAGCCUGAGAUUUCACAAGAUCCAUGUCCAAGUCAAGAUGGACAAGAUCAAGCGCCGAAAUCAGCCCAUCCCAGCGAGGGGAAUGAGAGCGAUUCCGAGGAAUUUGCCGAGUGGUCUCAGAGCCCCCCAACGCAACAGCGUCGAGCGACUAGAUUACCUUCGAGCAGUCCUCCUCCAGACCUGACGACGCGACAGAAACGAACUUUACACCUCGCUGAUAGUGGAGAAAAAGAAGAGAUCGGAAUGUCAAGUCUCCAGGAACCGUCACUCAGUAGCUCCGCCAGUCAGGAACGGGGUCUUGAAGCUCAAUCAAUGUUACAUGAUCAUAGGCCUCUCUUUUUGGGACCAGGUUCACAUCGGAAUGCCGGUCCAAGAUCUUCGGCCGAGGAGGCACCACAUUCUCCCCAAUUCCAGCAUACUGAUCUGAGUAACAAGAGCUCGUCCCAAGAGGACACGCCUUCCAUGGUUGCAGAGCUAUCAGAUGGCUCCAGUUCAAAGAAAAUACAAGUCACGAGGACGCCAUACAGCAGCAAAGGCUCAAAUUUGCCCAAGCUCCUUGCUUCGCGAAUCACUUCGAUCGUUUCCAAGAAAGGGGUCGAUGAUGGAAAUCCUACUUCGACUUUCGUCCCCGGAACCUACUUUGAAUCAAGCUCAGGAGUUGUUACUGCGAUCGGAACUGCAGAACGAAGCAUCGAGGCCGCACCGACGGGUGCGAGCUCAAAUCCAACCCCGGACUCGGAUCAAAAUAGCCUCCUGAUAGCAAACUUUGAACCACAAGUGGUUGACGUGAGGAAGCUGGAAGAUGCCAACCUAGGCAAGGCCUCGAGUCCUAACCGCAAUGCCAACUUGGACAAUACACUUUCUUCAAGCGCGAGCUCGCAAAGAAAGAUGGAGGCUCGUCCUGACCAGCGAGAUCUGCCGAAUUCCCGUGGUGAUAGCGACGGCCCUGGCUCUCGACUCUGUAGCUCUGAGACGACGGGAGAAAAGGUUCUUGACGCCGACAUGGCCGCUGGAGGACAAGACUGUGACAUUGUGGCAGGAAACAGCCCAGGAUCGCCCGAAAAAGCUGCUCCUGGAAAUAGUGAAAAGGCUCGUGGAGAGGGCAUGACUGAGACUCGCGAGGUGAUUUCUAUAUCAGCAAAACGAAAACGAACAAAUUCGGGAAGCGGUGACGUUCCGACCAAAAAGCAGCGGCAAGAGCAGGAAGUCACGAACCCCGAUCCUGAAAACGUAGCGGUUACCAAGAGAACGGUAGAAUAUCGCGAGCAGCGACUACCGCAGGUUGACAGGCUCGAGGACUCUUUACGACGUCCUAUUUCCCCGCCUCCAAUAGCAACGGGUCGCACCAGCGAGGUUCCAGUGUGUGAGGAAAGGAGGCAGCGUCGCCUGGAGACCUCACGGACGAUGGAUAACCCCAAAGCGUCAACACGACAUUCUCACCCGUCAUCGAUGGCAGACGACGACAGCAGUAGCGGUCCCAUGCAACCCUCACCAAAGCAGGGGGGACGCCAUCGACAGCUAUUCUAUACAAUCAAUGCACCGAGGCGGUCGUCGACACCGAUCACCCGUCAGUCUAGCUACGGUGAAGUGGACAAUGGCGAAGUCAGAGUCAUGGCGGACGAGCCAGGCGCAGCUGACGGUGUGUUCGCAAGGUAUCGGGCAGCAUACCCGGACUAUCAAGGGAACGCGGACGACUUCCUCAAUUCGUACUGCUUUGUCAAGGAAAUCUGGAUCCGUGAGCCGUGGCCCAAGUCGAUCCAUCCCUCCCAUCUGGACGAUGCAGUCUUCCACCAUUUUCAUAGUUACCAGCCGUAUGUAAGGACUGUAGGCACCGCAGCUGUGGGAUUUGUUGAGUUCUUCCAUGGCUUCAUUGAAGACCCCAGCCACCACAAAAGGAUUAUCAGACCUUCUACGCUCGAAAGGCUUCCAAGUCGAGAAGGAACACUACGAAGGUCGACUCUCGAUGAGGUCUCGAUACAUCAGCGAAGCCACAUUUUGGCGGGCGCCCCGGUUCCGUCAAUCGAGACAGCAAAAGUAUUGACGGGAAAAGAAACGAUUGCUCGACAGCAACGGCGGGUUAAGUGUCUCCCCGAAGCUGGAGAGCAGGCUGUCGAAGACCGCAUUGACUCCAUCGAAAGAUGGCGUGAAGAGGCUGCUCACACCGCAUCGCCCGGAUUAGGAACGCCAGACGUUGAGAGGAGUCUUUGGCAACGGACGGCACUCAAGAACGAGUCUCCAGAGCCAGCGAUGAAGACGUCUGUACCUACCACCACGCCCGAACCGCGGAAGCCCCCUGAACUAUCAGCAGACCUAUUUGUCAAUCCACAAAAGCCUGUGGCCGAAGCCAGACCAGAAUCGGUGACAGCUAAUACGACCAGGAGCUCGUCGGUCCGGGUAAAGAAGCGAGCCUCAACACGGAGAUUUUGGAGAGGGACAAGCACGGCCUUUACGACGUUCGAACAGCAGUAUGCGAGGUUGGCUGGUGAGAAGAAGGGCUGGGCUUCGACCGAGACUGUCGGUGGUUCGUCGUCGGGGCAGAACAGGAAGAAGCAGGGCAGUGAUGUCAGCGUUGUGGUUUGUUCGGGGAGAUAGAAGCAGCACAAUGGACUACAGGUGUACCUCGUGUAAAUGAUUGAGCGUUCCAGCCUGUGAACGUACUCGAAACAGC